GGUCUGCUUACACCAACAGCAGCUGGCCUGGCCGUAGCUCACCUGUCCCGCAUCGCUUCUGGAGCUUGGAGGAGAAGCCAUGGCGGCCACACUCUCUUUCAUUUCCACCCUCUCUUCCCUACCUCGCCUCCCUCUCCAGUCGUCCUCCUGCAACUCCACUUCCACCCGCUGCUUCACUGGAACAAUUCACUGCCAGAAAACUGAUGUUUCCGUAGCUGAAGGAGGUUCAAUUAGCCGUAGGGAAGCACUUAGAUGCGUUGGUGGUGCGCUUGGCUUGGAAAUAAUGAUGAGCUCUGGAUUAUUCACAGAAGUAGCAAGUGCUGCUGAUUUGAUUCAACGGAGGCAGCGUUCAGAAUUUCUAUCAAAUGUUAAGGAGAUCCUAAGCACCGCUAUAAAGGACCAACCAGAACUCAUCCCUUCUCUGUUGACUCUAGCCUUAAAUGAUGCCAUUACCUUUGACAAGAAAACAAAAACUGGGGGUCCAAAUGGAUCAGUCCGGUUGAGCUUGGAGAUAAAUAGGCCAGAAAACAAGGGGCUGUCUGAUGCACUGAGUCUCUUGGAGAAAGCAAAGCUAAAAAUAGAUUCUGACUCAAAAGGGGGGCCAAUUGCAUAUGCAGACCUCAUACAGUUUGCUGCACAAGCAGCAGUUAAAAGCAUCUUCCUUGCUUCAGCAAUUCGCAAGUGUGGUGGGAACGAAGAGAAAGGAAGGUUACUGUAUACGGCAUAUGGUUCAAAUGGACAGUGGGGCCUGUUUGACAGACAACUUGGUCGUAGUGAUGCUCAAGAGCCUGAUCCGGAGGGGAGGAUUCCACAAUGGGAUAAAGCGUCAGUUCAGGAAAUGAAAGAUAAGUUCACCUCAGUUGGCUUAGGGCCCCGCCAGUUGGCUGUCAUGUCUCUGUUUCUUGGUCCUGAUCAAGCGGCAACAGAGACAUUACUUGCCUCAGAUCCUGAAGUUCUUCCAUGGGUUCAGAAGUACCAGCGCAGCCGAGAAACCAUUUCUCAGACAGACUAUGAGGUAGAUCUCAUCACAACCCUGACCAAGCUAAGCUCUUUGGGGCAACAAAUCAAUUAUGAGGCCUACUCGUACCCCGUGGAAAAAAUUGACUUUAGGAAGCUCAAGUUGUAGAAUUUCUGAGCAAGCGUAUUAUCAUAAUCAAUUUUGCUUCCUUAUUAAAGCACGUUAUGGUCUGUGAAGAAUGAUGCUUGUUGGAAGGCUCUUUCAAUUAUUUUGAUCAAAUUUCUUGUAAGACUAUAAUUGAGAAACUAAUAUGUAUAUUAUUUUCAACGGCUUAUGGUUAAGAAGUCUUCUAAAGCUGCAAA